CUGAGAGUUGUUGUGAGCAGUUCACAAGGCGAAUAAUGGGGAAAGAUGAAUUUAGGUGUGUUGAAUGUAACGAAAAAGCAAUGGAGUUACACCGGGAUUACAGUAACGGCAUCCUGAAGAUAACCAUAUGUGAGUCGUGCCAGAAGCCGGUGGACAAGUAUAUUGAAUAUGACCCAGUUAUCAUCCUGAUUGAUGCCAUUCUGUGUAAGACGCAGGCGUUCAGACACAUUCUGUUCAACACAAGCUUGAAUAUCCACUGGAAGUUGUGUGUGUUCUGCCUGCUGUGUGAGGCUUACCUCAGGUGGUCUCUGCUCCACGGCUCCGAGCAGAGCAGUGACCCCGCUGACAUCAUCAGGUACACCAAGGAAUGGGAGUUCUACCGCAUGUUUGGAUUGGCUGCCCUCGAGCUGUCAGCGUUCUGCUGCGGUGUGCUGUGGUUCCUCUGGGUGGUGGUGGGUCGCCUGCAGGGUGGGACCCUGGAGCCCAGCCUGCUUCUCAGAGCCCUGCUGCUGUCCUGCUACGGCAAAGUCCUCCUCAUCCCCGCCGUCAUCUGGGAGUACGACUAUUCUCCGCUCUGUCUGGGCCUCAUCAAGAUGUUUGUGCUCACCUCAAACUCACAGGCUAUCAGAGUGAUCCUCAACAGCAGCAGACGUCUGUCGCUGAUGGCCGUGUGUUUCGGCCUGCUGUCAGAGACCUGCGUGGCUCAGGCCUGUAAAAAGCUCCCGUGGAGCAUCCAGGACAUGCUGACAUUUGAGUGAAUGACACAAAUGUCCGUUAUCUCAGGGAUGAACAAGUGAUCGUGGAACCUGUGCCAUAGAGAGACAGUUUUUAAUGAGCCCUCUACAAAUGGUGUCGGAGAAGAAAAAGAAUGUUUUGAAGUGUUCCUGCUGCUCAGAGCCGGAGACAGAGAGCAGCAGAAGAGACUUUAUCAUUAUUUUCUUGUACUCGGUAGAGAAAAAGAUUCAUCUUCAUUUUUGAGGGACGUCGAGGACGUGGCUGUGGACCUUCUCUUGUUUUUCCUUUUGUUUUCAAAGACAACGAGCUCAGGAUUCCUGUGAGAUUUUACUUGAUUUAAUUGCUUCAUUAGGACAGACCUACCGAGAGGACCUACAGCAUGGGAACAUCCCUGGAUCUAACCUGUGCCUUUCAUACACUAGAAGACUUUGAAAAGACUUUUAAAAGACUAAAGUCUGAUACCCUCUAGGGUCACUAUUUGCAGGACUACAACUAGAUUUCCUGUCCUGUUCCGGGUGGAAAAUACUACACCAAACUCCCUUUAAAAAAAUAUGACAAAAUAACAAUUUCUUUCAUGUCCGCAAAAACACAUAAUUCUAAAAAUACAAGAUAAAAGGCAUCAUAUCCUCCUGAGACCCUGUGUCCUCAUAUGAGAACAUCACAUUUUGGCUUUACUUGAUCUUAUACUUGAUUCUACUUAACUUAGACCUGUUGUCCUCAUUCGUGGACGCUCUUUGUGCCAUCUAGUGGCAGUAAGAGCACAU